UGGUCCUUGAGCCAAACUCCUCUCUCUCUCUGCUUUUUUAUUUUUUUCAUUUGGAGGAAAAGAAAGACUUCGCAUUUGGAGAAAAGGAGUGUUUGGCUCUUUGGAUAAGGAGGAAAAAAAAUGGCAAGGUCAUCGAUAGCAAUCUUCAUGCUAGCCAUCAUUGUCCUCUCCAUGCUUCAAACCAUCGUCAUGGCAUCAAAGGCGACUCGUGGGAAAUGGGACCCGAGACGUUACGGGCCGGGCAGCCUCAGGCGUUCCCAAUGCCCAAAGGAGUGUAACAGGAGAUGCGGGAAUACGCAGUACCACAAGGCAUGCAUAACGUUCUGCAACAAGUGCUGCAGGAAGUGCCUCUGUGUGCCUCCGGGGUAUUACGGUAAUAAACAAGUCUGCUCCUGCUACAACAACUGGAAGACCAAGGAGGGUGGCCCCAAAUGCCCAUGAUGAUCCAUCAUCAUCACCAUCAUCAUGACAUUACUAUCAAUAUAUAUAGCUAUUAUAUAUGCUUGUUCCUCUCUGCACUUUCGUUAUUGCUGUGUCUGCGUCACUCCUCUUUUAUCCUUGAUGAGAGUGGCUUAUCAAUGAUUAAAAUCUAAUAUAUUAAUAUUUCUGGUUUCA